AUGCUGCUGGCGGCGUGUCUGGCGGUGCUGGUGAGCGGCACAGCCGCCCGGAUGGCCAUCGCUGGCGACCCCAGCUCGCUGCAGUACCUCCUCAAAGAACGACAGGGGGCCUUCCUCCAGAGACCUCCCCCUCGGCGCGAAGGGGACUCGCACUACCCGUUUGAGGACGUCUACCAGCAGGAUCAUCAGUGGUCCUCGUAUUCUCCCACUGGAAGAGAUGGAGAUCACGACGAAGAAUUUCUUGAUGACAACACUGUCUUGCAGCCACCUUUAAAUGCUCAUUACGCUCGCGAAUCUCACGUGACGAACGAGGCUAACCAUGAACGCGAUAAUCCCGUGAAGUCGCUAAGUUUCACAGGGUCAGGAUCCCAUGUAGCCAGGCACCCAUUCUUCGAGAAACCUGAAAUCACUGACGAUGUCUCAUUUUCCUCUCCUCAUGCCUACCACGAGAGCAAUGAUUUCGCUUCCACCUCACCUCCGACACCGAUCAAGAAGCAGUUUCCGUUGUCAGACUUUUCUCCGUUGCUCGGUCCUGUUUCCCCCUCACUGAUUUCCUCCAUCCCAAGCCCCGUCUCCUCCAAAGUCGUCAAGCAUGACAGAGACGAUUUCGUGCACCACUCCAACUCGUACUCGGACGACCCCACAUCGUACCACGUGAGCUCCGGCUACCACGCGCCGACCACCUACCACACGCCGGCCACCUACCAGGAGCCGAGCUCGUACGAGGAGGACGGAUCGCUGGUCGGUAACCUGAAGAAGUACGGCGGGGCGAUGGCGCCGCUACUGCUGGCCACCGGCCUGAUGUUCCUGUUCCCCUCGGUGCAGACCAUUACCAGCUCCAGCCGCCGUCGCCGCCGGGACGUGGGCGACAUCACAGCUGAGGAGGAGGACCCGUCCGAGAGGCUGCUGCUGCUGGUGGAGCGCCUGCGGACCAUCCAUUCGUCGUUCGCCGACAGUCCCUGCCCCAGCCGGAUGUUCUGCCAGCUCGGAGACGUCAUAGCCGACACCAGCGAUCCCGAGCGAGCCACCAAGUAUAUGGAGCAGUUUUACUCGGAGGAAGCUGACAACAUGAGCAUUUUGAAGAAGGCAGCACUCGCCAGCGGUCAGCCGGACUGCCACCUGUACGAAUGUGCCCUGGAGACCGAUGAAGAGCCACCGGUGGGACUCGCGGACGUCAAAUAGAAAUAAGGUAGCACAGCGCAGGGCACGCUAAAGCCGCGUGUCCACCGUCCACGUCUAUUGCAGAAGCAAUGAACGUCGGAACAGCUGAUAAUCCGUGGUCCGAAGACACAACAAGUAGUUGUUAAGCGAUGUUUAUGACGAUAAGGUGACAACUGCACAUCGUUGUAUUGCGGUGAACUGAGAGGCCGAAUCGUUAUUGCUCGGCUUCUUCCGCGCAUCUGUCCUGCACUUGUUAUCGCACUGUUUCAUCA